UGCGCAUUUACACUCAGACUCAUACGCUGGACAUCCUCUGCAUCACCAUGCAUUUCCCCAAGGCAGUUCUGCUCACCUCGCUGCUGGUAACAUUUACAUAUGGGAGCUCAGCGACAACACACGAACCGAAGGUGGACACGUUUACAAAGAUGCUCCGACUAGGAACGACGUACCUGAAGCUGGAUCCCAUGGCGCUACCCGACCAAGUUUUCGACUUCAUGUUUUUUGGCCGAAUUUUACUACUCAAGGGAUCAGUGGCAGGCCUAGGAUCAGUCUCAAGGACAGGUGCAAACAUUAUACGAGCGGAAAACGGCACCUUUAGCGCAUCCGUGGACGUCGGCACUGAGCAACUUUAUGUCAACUACACUGCCAUGAUAACUGCAGCCACAUUUAAUCAUUUGGUUGCGUACAUGUCGGCCUCCGUUAAAGCGACCAGGAUGACUCUCACUCUCAAUCAAUCUCCAGCCGGUGAACUUCAACUCGCUGGCUUUAAGCUAUUGAAAUUUGAUGGACUGGAUGUUACACUUGAAGCAGUAAAGCAUGGAGACUUCCUGAUUAACGCCAUUAUAAACGCCGCAACGACAAUGUUCAAGAGUGUUCUGAAGGCUAAAACUGAAGAAAUGAUUGCCCAGCACAUUCGAUCUUCCCUUAAAGACAUCAACAAUCUCAUGUCUGAACUUGCUUUGAAUGAAAAGAAAGCUCUUAUAGCGUGAUUACUGUUGCCUGUGGUGAUAUUCGGACGCAAUAAAUGAUCAGAUUAUUCGAAAGUUUA